UCUUUUCUUAUACUAGGGUUCUGCCCCCCAUUUAUUGCCCUUGUCUUUUCUUUUGCCUAUCGUUCCUUCUUACUGAAAAUGCUCUUUGCCGACCUUUCUGAUCUCCGUCUUCAUUUUAUCACUGUAUUUGCGAGCCACUCUCCUUAUCUGACCUGCAACCAGGGUUUCAUUAGUCUUUUCUAAACUCACACUCAAAAGAAAACUUAAGGAAUUCUCCAACUCUUCUCUAUAUGGCUGCAGCUUCUUUUUCCUUGGGACGCUUAUCAGAAUAGAUCUUGAAGGAGCCUACGGCGCCGGGGGAUAAAAGGUAUUGAGAUUAUUUCCGAUUCGAGAAAACUCGACAUAGAUAAAAGGGUUAUACCAGUUGAUGAUCAACCCAGGGUACUUUGGAUUUAUGGAAUUGGACAGGGUAGAUAUUUCCAGUGAUUUACCUUCAUAGAAUCACAGGAAAGAGGUUAAAAUUACAUUAGUGAGAUACCAUGCUGAUCUAAUGAACUACUAAAAGGGAGAAAAGAAAAGAGAUCUAGAGAGAAAAGGAUAUAUCAACAUGGUAGGUGGUCAGUGUAAGUGAUUUCAAUGAAGUUCAGCUGAAUUUGUGGAGGUUGGCUGGGGGUAAGGGGGCAGAGAGAGUUUUUCGAAGGACAAGUAUAUCAGUUGAAUUUAGGAACUGUUGACCAAAUCCAGGAGAAUCCUAACACAGCAGUGAAUAUAUUUUCAUAUGGCCUCUUCUAGCUACUCCAAUUCUCCGUGUGCUGCCUGCAAGUUUUUGAGGAGAAAAUGCAUGCCGGAUUGCAUUUUUGCACCAUAUUUUCCGCCUGAAGAGCCACAAAAAUUUGCAAAUGUUCACAAGAUAUUUGGCGCAAGCAAUGUGAGUAAGCUCCUCAACGAAGUCCUUCCCCAUCAGAGAGAGGAUGCAGUCAACUCUCUGGCCUAUGAAGCCGAGGCACGGAUAAAAGACCCAGUCUAUGGCUGUGUUGGAGCCAUCUCAGUCCUCCAAAGGCAUGUCCUUCGGCUCCAGAAGGAGUUGGAGGCCACAAAUGCAGACUUGAUGCGGUAUGCCUGCAACGAGAAUAUGUCUGCACCAACAUCCCAGUUUGGAAGAAGGAUGGGUGAUCAUGGAGCUGGUUCUUAUGGUCAAAGUUCUGGUUUGUAUUAUUCUUCUCCAUGGAAUAAUAAUCAGCCCUCAUGUGAGGAUAGCCAAGAGAGAGGAGGAGAAGGGAAUAAUAUGUAAGGUUAAUUAUUCCAUUCUUUUGUCCAUGGCUGUUGAGAAAUGAUCUAAUCAAUUUCACCACGAAUUGGAGACUAGGGAGUAGGGAGGGGGGGAUGUCUUAUAUAUGACACUGUAAACAUGGUAUGCUAUGUUGUCAUGAAGACGAUCGAGCUGACUGGAGUAUUAAUGGCAUUUCCCUUAGUUGAUAAACAAUAAUCAACCUAGCUAAUUAAUUAAAUAUGCACUGUACAAUCAAGAAUAUUCUGUUCGUGUAGGCUGAUGAUCAUAUAUAUAUAGCCGGGAAUAUUAAUUGUUUCUAAGUAAAUUAAGCUUUUGGAGAUGAUCAUCAGGGUCAUCAUGUAAUUCCUAAGAUUAAUUAAUGUUGCAGUACUGUAUUUAUUUUAAUUA